UAGAGCAGCGUAGACAGAGAGAGAGAGGCUGUGUUUUAGUCCGCUCGCGCAUGUGUAUGUGUGUGAGUGAGUGUGUGUGUAUACGCGUCUGAGAGAAGGAGAGAGACAGAGCGCUCACACAAGAGGCAGGGGGGGCUGUUUUUGAGCGCUUACGCAUGUGUGUAAGUGCGCGCGUGUCUAUAUGUAUGUGUGUGUGAGGGAGAGAGAGCGAGAGAGAGAGAGAGAGAGGGGGCUGCCAUUGAAUUGCAUGCCAGAGAGAGAGAGAGAGAGAGAGAGUAGGAGGAAGAGGGAGAGGGAGUCGACUGUGUUGAAUGUGUCAGAGGGAGAGAAAUCAAAAUUGCUUCCAUGAAAUCUGUGUGACUCAAACACAGAGCCCUCCUUGUAUCUGAGAGAGCAGGAGAAGGGAAGAGAGACAGAGAGGAAGGGGAAAACCAGAGGGCAGGAGAGGAAGAGAGAGAAAGAUUGAAGGAACAGAGGACUACAGAGAAUGAGAUUCUCAAGAGAAGACAAUCACCCUGAUUCCAGUCACUCAGGAAGCCAAGGAGGAAGCCGGUGUUUCUUUUGUCGCGCUCAGUGUCGGCGGGGCCGAAACGCAGGAAGCGCCUAGGACGACACAGACACUCGCAAGACGGGCAUACUCUUACACACACACACACACACACACACACACACACACACACACACACAAUCACUCAUACAGACUCAAAUACAAAGAGAUACAGACACACACAUCGAAGCAACUUCUCUGUUUUGCCUGUGUGGAAACAAGGACAAAAUAACUGCCAGCAGAUUACCAGCAUCCCAGAAUGAGAAGACAGUGAGAGUGAAACUUGGUGUCUACUGAGAUUGAGAGAGAAGAAGAGAGAAAGCGUGACAUUCAGGUCAUCCAACCACACCAGCCUGUUCAGAGGGGCCAUUGCCACAGUGGCAGGACUUGUGAAAUCCGGCCUGUGUGGUCUAACGGCACCCUGAACAGAGGAGCAGCUGAACAUCAACCAAACCAAGGCCUGGUGAGCCCAGUGCUGCCCCCUGUGGACACACCAUGACAUCGCAUGGCAAGCUGAAGAAGGAGAAGGGGGGGCUGGUGGAGUAUGAGAACCAGGUCAAAGAGGUGCGCAGUCAGCUGUCGGAGCAGAUGAAGGUACUGGACGCACAGCUGGAGCAGAAGACGCAGCAGCUGCAGGACGUCAGCGACUACCUGCGCAGACGGGGCGAGAUCGAGGCUGAGUACGCCCGCUCCCUGGACAAGCUGGCCGAGAGGUUCACGCUCAAAACCAAGAGGAAGGAGCAGUCUGACCAGUGCUCCGUGGCCCAGUGCUGGUCAGUGCUGCUGACGCAGACCCGGCAGGAGAGCCGAGACCACAGCGCUCUGAGUGAGACCUGCUGCAACACAUUCACCCAGCGCCUCUCACACUGCAUAGAGGACACACACCGCCUGGCCAAAAAGAGUAAAGAGGUUGGACAGCAAAUGCAGGAUGAUCUCCUGAGGGUUACCACAGAGCUACAGACGACGCUGAAGACAUAUUACCAGUAUCACAUUGACUGCCUGGCCGCAGAGGGAAAGCUCAAGGAUGCCACGCGAUUGGAGGAGAAGUCAGGGAAGUCGGGUGACACGCUGGGCAUCGUCCAAUCAGUGAGCCAGAGACGGAGCUCUGUGAAGAAGAUGGAGCGGCUGAUGGAGAAGAGGCAAGGUAAAGUGCAGGAGACCCAGCUGAAGUGCACCAAGGCUCGUAAUGACUACCUGCUCCAGCUUGCUGCGGCGAAUGCCUCCAUGAAUAAGUACUAUCUGCAAGACAUCUGCACACUCAUAGAUUGCACAGAUCUGGGGUACCACCUGAUCCUGACGCGGGUCAUGAGGGGGUUCCUGUCCCACCGGCACCGCAUGCAGCAGAACCUGAAGAACGGUCUGCAGCAGCUGGACAACGCUGUGACCGGACUGGACCAGGGCCAGGACCGCGACGCUCUGCUGCAGGCCCACAACGCUGCCUUCUGCCUGCCCUUCCGCUUCCAGUACCAGCCCCACGAGGGGGACCAGGUGUGUGAGGUGAGUGCUGAGUGCCAGGUGAGAUACGAGUUGGAGACCAGAUUCCAGCAGCUUCAAUCAAGGCUCGCCUCCGUUGCCUUGGAAACAGAAGAGAUUAGCAAGACACUGAAGGCUACCCACGCUGCCUUGCUGGAUAGCAUCUGUGAUGAUGACUGCAACCCAGCUCCUGAUAUAUCCUCUUCCGUCUCUCUGGAUACCACCGGCGACAGUGGUGGGACCAAACUCCCACUGGCCAAGCGCCGGGCCAAUCAGCAGGAGACGGAGACCUACUACUUCACAAAAGUCAAGGAGCACCUGAGUGGCAGCUCUCUCAUCUCCAAGCUCCAAGUCAAACAUGACCUACUGAAGGAGGCCAUUCAGAAAGCGGAGGCCAUUGACAGCGACCCCUCCAGAAUGCCGUCUGGUAGGGCACUGCGUGUGCGGAAGGCCAGGCCGUGCUCCCAGUACCACCACAAACUCUUCUCUGGAGACAUGCUCUCCUUCAUCCAGAGUUCUGGACAGCAGAUCCCCCUGGUGGUGGAGAGCUGUAUUCGCUUCAUCAACCUUCAUGGUUUGCACCACGAAGGCAUUUUCAGAGUACCUGGUUCCCAAAGUGAGGUGAACCACAUUCGAGACGCUUUUGAGAGAGGUGAGGACCCUCUGACAGAUGGAGAGUGUGACAUUGACUCUGUGGCAGGCGUGCUCAAGCUCUACUUCAGGGGUCUGGAGAGGCCUCUCUUCCCUGAGGAGUUUUUCUCACAGCUGAUGGAGUGUGUCCAGAUUGAGAAUGUGACAGAGAGAGCCUCCCAGAUAAAGAGUGUGGUCUCCAGCUUCCCCCGGCAGAUUGUCAUCGUCAUGCGAUACCUCUUCGCCUUCCUGCACCAUGUCUCCCAGUACAGCGAUGAGAACAUGAUGCAGCCCUACAACCUGGCGGUGUGCUUCGGGCCCAGCCUUCUGCGGGGAGCCGAGUCUGGCGACGCUGUCACUCUGCAGCCCCAGAUCAACGCCCUGGUCAAGACCAUGAUCCUCCAGUACGAGAGCAUCUUCCCUGGGCCCGCCGAGCUCCCGGGGCCCAUCUACGAGAAGUGCAUGACCCUGGAGCAAGAGUACUGUGAACCAAUUACUGAGGAAGGGGAAGGAGAGACUGAACAUCCCCACAGUGAGGAUGAAUGGGACGCGGUGGCCAUCUUUGAUUAUGCGGCGCGCUCUGCAGCUGAGCUGUCAUUCAAGCAAGGGGACCACCUCCAGCUGCACAGCAAAGCCUCUGCUGAUUGGUGGAGAGGAGAAGUGGGCGGGGUGAAAGGCCUCAUCCCCCACAAGUACAUCAAUGUAUCUGAAGGUGCGGAGAGGAGGCUGGAGAGGGGGAAGAGGGAGGAGAGCAGAGGAGGCAGCACUGGCAACCUGGCAGCAGAGGAGCAGCAACUGGGCGAGCACAGCACACGCAUGCGUGUGAACAGUGACAGUGCGUCUCUACCUGGGAGGCAGAGAGGAGUAGGAGUGGGGGGAGUCGGAGUAGGGAUGGGAGUCGGAGGAGUCGGAAGUGGUGGGAGCGGCAGUCCCGUGCGCAAGCUCACCCUGCAGGUGCCCGAGGGGGCCCGUCUGAUCCAGCUGCCCCAGUCACCUGGCAUCGUCCGCCAACACUCAGGGAAUCAGGAGCGCAGACACACACUGGACAGUGUGCGGGCCAUGCCUGGCGGAGCCGAGAAGCAGCCCAUACAGGUAGACAAGGAUGUCAGUCGUCAGAUGGACUCUGUCUUUAAGGAGCUCCUGUUGCGCCAGCCUCCCCUGAACCCCUCUGCGGCGACGGCCCCUUCUACCCCGACGUCCUCGGCCGCCUCCACCCCGGCGUCCACCUCCUCUCCGCCCCCCGCACCCCGCCCGGCCCCCAAGAAGCCCGUCUUUGGCCUCAUGGGCCGCCGCUGACCGCCUGGCACACAGCUGCAGGAGGCGGCUGAGCAGAGGCGCCCGAAAAGCAAAGGAAGAGAGGAUACAGUAACAUCAACUUGGAGUGAGUGAGAGAGCGAGAGAGAGAGAGAGAGAGAGAGAGAGAGGGAGAGUACUGAAUCAAUCGUCUGUUUUCAUUGUGGACGAGGGAUGCCUAUAGUCCUUCAUGGCGUCGUAACAGAAGAAUUGAGAAGAUAUAUUUUUCCAACUCAUACAAUAUAUUAUAGUCUUACGAUAUACGGUCUGUUGAUUUGCCCUCACAUUGUACAUCCGUCACAGUGCAGUUCCGUGGAGUGUCUGACGUGUUUUGUUGUAGUUGUAGUGUCGUCAUACAUAAGUGAGGCGUCCACUUGAGCCAGGGGCGCACUCAAACAGGUUAGUUCACUCUGCCCCAACAAACGCCAACAAGCACCAAUAAACUCCAGGAAUUAGCCACUGGCUGUUCUUGGAUCAGUGUGUUAUGUUGUUACUGUGAAGCAAAGAUGGCAGAGUGUGGAGCUUCAUGGCACUGUAUGAUCUUAAGUGUGUUGGAAAUUUAAAAGUUGUUUAUUAUUUUUAUUUUUUUUUAUUCGCAAACAUUCUUAAAUUCAAACAUUAAAACAAAAACUCUGAAUGUUGUGAA